UACUGAAUGGUGUAAGUCCAUGUUAGUCGAGAUGCUUGUGACUCUAGAAAAGCUAUUGGCUACUAUUUAGCUAAGCUUAGCAUUGAUGCUAAUUUUUAGCAUCAGAACACUGGGUCCAAACCGACAAGCACACUUUGGCAGGUCCCGGAUAAAUUUCUUCAGGAAUUUUCUAGUUCUUAUUUACAUUUACAGCUCAGAACAUUUUCUUCUCUAAAUCAAGUUUUUGCUCAUUCAAAACGACUUUAAAGUCCUUCCUUCCUUACUUACUGACUUACUUACUGACUGACUGACUGACUGACUUACUUAUUCCAUUUUUACUGCUGAUAGAAAAAUGAUUUCUAUUUGAAAAGUUGUUGUUGUUCCUCGGAGUCACCAGCAGGUGGCAGCAGCGCCUCCUCUCAGCUGCCCGGAAGUCUGGACCAGACUCGGCUGUUUCUCCCAGUAAACCGGUUCGUCUCCCAGUUUUCUUCCAGUUAACGGAGUCGAAAGGCGGCUUGAAGCGGGGACAGCUCGCCGGGAUGGAAGAGUAUCAGAACGGCAGCGAGGGUUCAUUCAACUCGGAGGAGGCGGAGAACGUCGUCAAAGAGGGCAUCGAGAGCGUGCUGGGGGGAGACGACUACAGCCAGACUCAUGUGAACAAAUGGACGGCCGCCAUCGUGGAGCGCUGCCUCACGCAGCUGGUCAAGAUCAACAAGCCCUACAAAUACAUCGUGACGUGUUCAGUGAUGCAGAAGACCGGCGCCGGCCUCCACACAGCCAACUCCUGCUACUGGGACACCAGUAUGGACGGCAGCUGCACCGUGCGGUGGGAGAACCGCACCAUGUACUGCGUGGUGAGCGUGUUCGCCGUCUGCAUCGCCUAGGAGCGGCGGGGCUGCAGCGCUGCGGGCCGCCGGCAGGGGGCGGCAGCGAGCUUCAGGGUUUAAACUGCUGCAGCGCUGCGGGCCGCCGGCAGGGGGCGGCAGCGAGCGGUUUUGUAUCAGAGUUGCUGCACAAUAAACAGUUUCUGGACCAAACUUGA